AUCCAGUCUACAGCGGAUUUCUCAUUUAACGUUAAUAUGAAUGAGUUACGUUAAUUUGAACGAGUUAACGUUAAUAUGAAUGAGUUAACCUGAAUAUGAAGGAGUUGGCAUUAGUAAUUUUUUGAUUUGACCUUUAUUUAUCCAGGAAGGUCCCAUUGUGAUAUUUAAUAUCUUGUAUUCCAGGGAGUCCUGGCCCAUUAUCAAUAUGAAAGGCAUAACGUUAAUAUGAAUGAGUUUAUGUUAAUAUGAAGGUGCUAGUAUUAAUAUGAAGGGGUUAAUAUUCAUAUGGAAGAGUUGAUAUUAAUAUGAAGCGGUCAACGUUAAUAUGAAAGGGCUAACGUUAAUUUGAAGGGGUUAACGUUAAUAUUAAGGGCUGAGUUCUAGUAUUGAAGAGUGUACAUGAAUAUGAAGGGGUGAAUGUGUGUGUGUGUGUGUGUGUGUGUGUGCGUGCGCGUGUGUGUGUGUGUGUGUGUGUGUGCAGGCGGGUUCUCCCAUCAGUACUGGUGUGUGUGCGACCAGCUGGGUCUGCCAUACCGGGAGGAGGUCCAGUGGGAUGUAGACACAAUCUAUCAGACUCAGGACACCAGAGAGCUGAACCUACAGGACUUCAUUCACCUGGAGAACAGGGACCUGGUGGCCAUCCUCUCUGUGCUGGAGUACAACCAGUGGUUCACCAAGCUGUCCUCCAAGGACUUCAAACUGCCCUCAGACGUGUGGGAGCAGGUCCUCAGGGUGGUCUCCAGGUCGGGGGUGCUUGAGGAGCUGCUGCUGGACAACGCAGGGCUCAAGAGUGACUUUGCGGUGAAGUUGUCCGGAGCUCUGCUCCACAACCCGGCCAGCUGUCUGCACACCCUGAACCUGGCCAACAACGCACUGGAGGACAAGGGUGUGAGUGCUCUGAGCGUCCAGCUGGCCAAGCUGCCCCUGGGCCUGAAACACCUCAACCUGUCCAAGAACUCCCUGUCGGCUAAAGGGGUCAACACCCUGUGCAUGGCGCUGUGUGCCAGCCCCUCUUCCUCCUCCCGUCUGACCCUCUUGGACCUGUCGUCCAACUCGCUCCGGGGGGACGAGCUUCCUAACCUCCACAGCUUCCUGAGUCAACCCAACUGUGUGGAGGCCCUGGAUCUGUCCAACAGCGACUGUGCUCUGGAGCAGGUGUGCGCGUCGCUCCUGAAGGGCUCCCUGGAGCACCUGAAGAUCCUCAACAUGAACAAGACCGUCUUCUCCAACAGGAGGAGUAAGGAGGUCCCUCCCUCCUUCAAGAUGUUCUUCAGCACCGCUCAGAGCCUGAAGACCGUCAGCCUAUCAGGGACCAGGCUGCCGAUUGAGGCCCUCAAGUCUCUGCUGCUGGGUCUGGGCUGUAACCCCAACCUCAGCGAGGUGUCUCUGGACAUCAGCUGCUGUGAGCUGCGGUCGGCGGGCUCCCAGAUCCUGGAGGGGUGCAUCGCUGAGAUCCCAAACAUCUCCAGCCUGGACAUCUCUGACAAUGGUCUGGACAUGGACCUCAGCCCCCUGCUGGUCUGGCUGGCCAGGAACCGCUCCAUCCAACACCUGGCGCUGGGCAAGAACUUCUCCAGCAUCAAGUCCAAGAAUGUGUCCCACGUCCUGGAUAACCUGGUCCACAUGAUCCAGGAGGAGGAGUCGCCCCUGACCUCCCUGUCCCUGGCCGACUCGCGGCUGAAGGCGGAGCUCAGCAUCGUGCUCAGCGCUCUGGGCUCCAACUCCUCCCUCACGCGCCUGGACGUCAGCGGCAACGCCAUGGGCGACAUGGGCGCCAAGAUGCUGGCCAAGGCCCUGCAGAUCAACACCAAGCUCAGAACUCUCAUCUGGGACAGGAACAACAUCAGCCCUCAGGGUCUGCAGGACGUGGCCGCCGCUCUGGAGAAGAACCACACCAUCCGCUUCAUGCCCAUCCCCAUCGUGGACGCGGCGCAGGCCCUGAAGACCAGCCCCGAGAAGACCGAGGACGCCCUGCUGAAGAUGGAGCAGUACCUCCUCAGGAACCACGAGACCAGGAAGUACCUCCAGGAGCAGGCCUACAGGCUGCAGCAGGGCAUCGUCACCACGACGACGCAGCAGCUGGUGGACCGGAUGUGUGUGAAGGUCCAGGACCACCUGAACUCCCUCCGGUCCUCUGAGACCCCGGAGGUCCAGCAGGACAUGAGGACCGCGCAGAACCUCAUGAAGGACGCGCGCAACGCCAAGAAGCUGCUGCCCAACCUGUACCACCUGGGGGGCUCGGGGGCUCGGGGCCCCUGCGUGGAGGCCAUCCAGGAGACCCUGGGGGCCAUGGCGGGGGAGCUGUCCGGGGUCAUCGACCGGCAGCUACAGGUCCUCCUCUCCUCCAUGGUGGAUACAGCAGAGAGUGUGUGUCCCCAUGUGAUGAGGCGGGGCAGCCUGCGGGAGGCGCUGGUGGAGGCGUGUGGAGGGAGGAUGGUGGUUCCUCGCUCCUUCGUCAGCUCCGCCCUCCUGGAGCAGUCUGGGGUCGACAUCAUCAACAAGAUCAGUGAGGUGAAGCUGUCUCUGGCCUCUCUUCUCUCCGACCGCAUCGUAGACGAGAUCCUCGACUCCCUGUCUGUCUCCCAGCACAGCCUGGCUGGUCAUGUGACCAAGCGGUACCAGCCCCUCCCAGACCCGGCCCCGCCCCCGGAGGCGGAGCUUCCUGAAGACUGUUUCAUGGAGGAGAUAAGCCCCGCCCCCGAUCAGACUGAGGACCACAGAGAGGACCCCAGUCCGACGAACCCGCGCUCCAAGAGGAAGAGUAUUCUGGUCCGCAUGCUGCGUCCCGUCUCUGUGGCCUUCGAGAUGGAGUUUGACCUGGACAAGGCGUUGGAGGAGGUGCCGAUCCACGAGGAGGACCUCCCGCCCCCCCCUCCUGCCAAGCCGCUCAGAGACUCCCGUUUCCUCGGCGACCUGCCCGCCCCCCCUCCCCCGGCCCAGCUGAGCCCCCCCGGCUGCCUGGCCCCGCCCCUCCGCACUCUGACCCUGCCCAGCGCCGAGAGGAGGCUGGAGCACCACACCAAGCUCCGCCCCAAACCGCCCAGCAGGACCAAACCCAGCCGCGCCCGCCGGCCCCCGCCCAGCUCCCCGGGCCCCGAGGGGGCGGAGCUUCCUGGUAAACUGGACCACGGCCUUGACGCGUUCUACCAGCGGACCGUCAACACACUCAGCCUCAGGCGGAGCUCUCCUGGUUCCUCCGGCUCCACACAGGAAGUGGCAGACAGGAAGCGAGGAGGGUCAGGGAGGGGCGGCCUGAGGCAGCUCCUCCAGCCUCGCGGCUCCCGCUCCUCCACCUCCUCCUCCACCUCCUCCGUCGCCCCUCCUUCCCCCACCGCUGUCGUCAUGGUAACAGUGGAGGAGGCGGGCGGCGUGUUUCGACCCAACGACCCUCCUGCUGAGUCCGAGACCCCCUCCCCCAAGAGCCCCCCCCCCGGGCCCCCCCCGGGGCAGCAGGAGGAGCAGCAGGAGGAGCAGCAGGAGCAGGGCCCCCCUCCUGCCCCGCACCCCUUGGGGGUCCGGGUUCUGGGUCUAGACCUGCUGGCCGAGAUGAAGGCGGUCCAGGAGAGGAAGGCAGCGGCACACAAGUCAGCUCCUCCCUCCUCUCUGGAUGCUCCUGCAGCAGAUCCUCCUCUCCUGGACCCUUCCGGCGGUCCGCCUCCAGACCCGGCCCCCCGCUGUAAACCCAGACCCCCCAAACAGCCCCUGGGUCCCCGGACCUCCGGGACCGGCCCCCCUGGCCCCGCCUCCCGACCCGGCAGCACCACCGGACCAGUAGGACCAGUAGAACCAGUAGGACCAGUAGGACCAGAAGAGACUGCUCCACUUCCUUCUCCCCUUCCUGCCCCACUUCCUGCUCCACUUCCUGCCCCACUUCCUGCCCCCCGCCUGAGGAGGGCGCCCUCCGAGCCGGAGACGGAGGAGGCCAGCGACCUCAAGGGGGCGGAAUCUCCUUCUGACCGGAGGGGUUCUUCUGGGUCAGAACCAGGAAAGGAUCAGAGAGCAGAGGAGGGUGAUGAAGACUCCCCUGAUGAUGAAGAACCCUCGGUCUGAGGCCCCAGGGGUCUGUCCUCCCCGGUCCUCCCUCAGUCCACUGGACCAGACCGGUCCAGACCCCAUAUAGGAUCAUAAUAAUAAUAAUAAUGCCUCCUAACUUCAUUACAGAUUCAUGAAUCAGAUAAGAUGUUCGAUCUUUACUGUCUUUUUUUAUAUAUGAAUAUAAUGGUGAUGGUUUUAAUUUUACUGGGAAAUUAUAUAUGUGUUUUAUUUUUUAUUUGGUUGAAAUAAAUCCUGUUCUAUUGUGGGAAACCCUUCCUAUCUAUGUAUACGAAGAUGUACGUCAAAUCUAAAGUUGUGAAAUAUUUCUGGAUAUUAAAGUCUUGAUUGAUA